AUGGCCGCGGGGCACAACCAUGUCCCACCGCUCGCCAUCUCGCUACUUCCGCCACCGCCGCCACCGCCGCCAUCACUAUUACACGGCCAACAAUCCACCGCGUCCGCCGCCCUGCCGCAUCAAGCUCCACCUACUACCUCGACGCUGCCAACACCUGCUGCGCUACCACAUUCGCCCGAGUCGCCAGAUUUAUCCGUCUCGCCGUCUGCUUCUUCGUUGGCGUCGUUAGCCUCGAGCAAUGUCACAAAGCCUCUCUCCACCGAUGAGGAAGUGCAUCACCGAUGCGACUUCGGUUACCCGUCACAGCUUGAACCGCGUCAUGCUGAUGGCACACACAACCCAUCUUCACACGACAUGGGCAUAUUUCUCGAAGAGGAGCGGCUCGGGCCAGACUUGUCCAGGCUGGGCGAUUUCCCAGAUGCCUCGCUCCCGAGUCCGGAAUGGCCUUCCGAUCAUACUCCUCUUCUCCAGGAACCUGGGCCGGGACUUCCCGAGGAUUUCAGACGGUCCAUAAAGAUCAUCAAGUCGAGCGGCGGUCACGAAACGACCCAUGUGGCCCAGUUGCUCGUCGAUACUGGCAGCGAAGAGAACCUGAUUGCUCGCGCUCUCGUGGACCAUCUACGCCUCAAGUCUUGCCGCAUCAAGGCCCCCUUCGGAACACGGCUGUUCGCCAAGCUGUUUUUCUGGACCCGGUCCGCAAAGGACCUGAAGGCGGAGAAACUUCGAGCUGUGGAUGGAGCCGUGGUGCGCGGACAGGAUUCCAAAGUAACGAUCCGAUGGUCUGGCGACAACAAUCCAAGCAUUCGGAACCCGGUGAUAACCUUCCGUCCAACCACCUUCACCACCACGCACUUGGUAGUGGACAAUUGCGUAGCCGAUGUAGUCCUUUCCUGGAACGAAGCUCGUAACCAAGGCCUUCGCACGCCUUACGCCGGGGCGUCGGGUUAUUAUCCAAAACCUCCCACGGCAGAGAAGAGCAAGUCAUCCCAUGUUAGAUGCCCCAAGGUCUGGGAUGACUACGCUGCGAGAAAGGCCCAAAAAGACGCAGAUCGAAGACAGGGGCGCGGGCACGCUACUGAUCAAUCGUCUGACAAGUCGGGUCCUUCGAGCACUCAACCACAGUAA